AUGGCGUCUUCAUCGGAAUCAGACCUGCCUUGGUUCCUCAAGUCAUCAGCCCCCGUUCUCUUCCCCUUCGACGAUGCCCUGAGACUCCCACAGGCUGAGUUUGAAGAAUGUAUUCGUCAGAUCAUCGCAGAUCGUCACAAGAUAUCUUUCUCACAGGAAAGGCGUGACGCUCAUUUCGCUGCCAUGGCUGACUUUGAUGAGUCCGAGACCUUCACUCUCGUCUCCAACUCGACAUCUGCCGAAAUCCGUCAGGCCAUGGAGGCCGCCAACCUCUCUAAUCAUGCAUCUCAAGACACUGAAACUAUGCGAGGGUCUUCUCCUACCCAGGAGCCGGAGGUGGAAGAGUCCCAGCCUGUCCAGUCCAAUCCUUUCAUGGAGGGCCUUAUCAACUACGGGAACGAGAAGCCAUCUCGGGACCUCGACAACAUGAUGCUCACGGAGAACGGCGAUCUCGCUUAUCGUUCCAGCCAAGACGCCCUUGUUGAUCUCUUCCAGGAACUCGAGGAAGCCAUCUCUGGCCCUCGCCUGAAGGAUCUCCUUACUAGAGCCUGGGAUGAGAACCCCCUUGCUACUCUCCGAAUCAUCUUCAACGCUCGGUCCAUUCAUCUGGGAAAGAGCUCGCGGACUGUGUUUUACCGGUGUGUUGGAUGGUUGGCGCAGAAUCAUCCCUUGACACUUGUCGCUAACCUCUGCUGGCUGAGCCGCCCGGUCAUCAACAAGAAGGCCGAGAAGAAGGAAGACGACGAUCUUGUUCUCGUUGAAGAGGAGAACGAUGACGACUCUACCAAGUUCGACGUGAAGAAUGGAGUGGCCCAUGGCUACUGGAAGGAUAUGCUCAAUAUCCUGGCCAUUGCGGCCAAUGAUAAGCUUACUGUCAUCGAUGACCCCAAGGAGGUCCUCAACACCGAGAACCCUGGCAUCCUCCGCGGCAAGAGUAUCACGAAGCCUCGUCAUCGUGACGGCAGCAGACUCCGAGGACUUCAUCAUGGAGCUCGAGGGCUUGGAAGAGGUCGCGGUCGCGGUCGUGGCCGAGGCCGAGGUCAAGGAUCUCACUCAACUAGACAUGAGAUGAGAAAGCAGAAUCGCGAUGUCGACCCCAAGGAACUCAGACGAGAGACCAGAGAGAACCGCCAUGAGACCGCACGAGUUCUAUUUGAUACCGACCCCGUGUAUCGCGCCCUCCACAUGACCAUUGCUCGUCUCUUUGCAGAACAGCUGCACAAGGACAUUCAAGCCCUCCGAGGGGACGAUAAGGCCAAGCGCUCUAUCUCACUGUGCGGCAAGUGGGCUCCUUCUUCCGAUCACUUCCACGACAGACACACCUUCAUCGUCAGCACCAUCGCCGAGAUUCUGUACCCCCGAGAGUCCAUCUACCACCCGAUGCUCAGCCCAAGAGACGGCCAUGAGAAGUACCUACGAUUCGCCCGUGAGCAGUACCGCAAGGAUACAUCUGCCCUCCGAAAGCAACUCGAGAUCGUUGAGCGAGAUAUCACCGUCAAGAAGUACGAAAACAUCAAGUACGACCGAGUUCCCUCUCUCGCCAUGAACCAGUACUCUAAGCUGUUCAUCGAGAACGACGCCGAGCGAUUCGGAAACUACCUUGAUAAGGUUGCAGCAGGCAAGGCAAACAUCUCCGGGGCUACUCUCCUCCCGUCUACUUUGAUCCAAAAGGUCCGAACUGGCGGUUCGGCUGCUCGACCAGGAGCCAAACCGCUUCUUGACCAGAAGGUGGCCGAGAUCGAGGCCAAGGUACUUGAUGGCCAGUGGAACACUCUCGUCAAGCGGAUCAAGGACUCGGGCACAAUGGACUCCUGCAUCGCGGUCUGUGAUGUAUCUGGCAGCAUGAACGGUCCUGUCUUUAGAGAUCAGACCACGCCCAUCGACUCCGCCAUCGGUCUGUCUCUCCUCCUCGCAGAGGUCGCCAAGCCCCCUUUCGCCGGCACCUUCAUCACCUUCAGCGAGCACCCCAGAGUCGAGGAGGUCGACUUGACCAAGACUCUGCGGGAGAAGUACUGGGCUAUGCACCGAUCAGAAUGGGGCAUGAGCACCAAUUUCGUCUCUGUCUUUGAAGACCUUAUCCUUCCCAUGGCUCUCCAGAACAAGCUGAAGCAGGAAGAUAUGAUCAAGCGAGUCUUUGUCUUCAGCGACAUGCAAUUCAACGAAGCAAGCUCCUCCAACUCCCACUACUACCGGGAGUGGUCUUCUGAGAGACAGAAGCCAUCAAGCUGGUCUACUUCCUUCGAACGCAUCAAGGCCAAGUUCGAAGAGGCGGGUUACGAACUCCCCGAGCUUGUCUUCUGGAACCUCGCAGGCGGACGAGCAGGAUACACCGGAAGCGGCGGUGAUCCUACGGCGCCCAAGCCUGUCCAGGCUGACGAGGAUGGAACAUGCCUCGUCAGCGGGUACUCGCAGGGCUUGCUGAAGGUGUUCCUGGAGGGAGGAGGUUUUGAGGGGGAGGGUGAGGAUGAAGAGGUUGUCGUCGAGAAGGACGAGGAGGGUAACGUCACCCAGAAGACGAAGAAGGUGAAGAUGACGCCUCUCAAGAUCGUGCAGAAGGCGAUAAGCCACAAGGCGUACGAGAUGCUGAAGGUGGUCGACUAA